CAUUGUUAUUUUAGUGCUAAAACGGCGCGUAAAUAACUUGUUUUUUUUCCUGAUAUAAAAAAAUGUCGAUUACGCUCGAUUUCAAUGGAAAGAACUUGGCCAAAGGCAAGUCGUUGGAGCUGCACUACUUGCCGGCCAAGGUGGACGGCGAUGGCGAAGCUAAUGUGCAGGAAUACUUCAACAACUACACGAGGGAAGCUUCCGAGUAUGGUACUGGAAUUCUUACAAACGCUUUGCGUGGUUAUCCACUGGUAGGCGAACGACUAAAAGUGCCCGAAGGAUUCCAGGGACUGGUGCUCCAGGAAACCGACAAGCCCCUCAGCGAGUCCUCAGACCGGCAACUACGUCUCACUGGCGUUUUUGAAGAGUUUACCUACUGGAACUACGACAAAGUGCCAUCCAAUGGCGAUGCCUUCCGACAGGCGCUCGUCAUGGCAGAUGUGGCCCAGGCUUUGUCGCAGCCGAUCAGCGAACAAGCUUUGGAAGCGGAAAUUACACGGAACAAGGAAAACGCCAAAAGCGGUCCUUAGCCUUCAGUUUUUAAGCGCGCUUACAGCGUUUUUAUAUAGUAUUCCAAAAGCUAAUCAAAUACAUAUGUAUCUUCACAA